CUGGAUGGGGUACCCAUGAGCUUCGGUGCGGAGCCGCCCGCCCAGACCCCGGAGCGGCUGGACAUGGCCGCAUACUGCGACGGCUCGGGUGUCUGCCCGGCCCCGCACAGCCAGGCCCGGGCCGCCGCGCACCCCGCGGGCUACGCGCGCAGUGAUGUGGGCGCGGCGGAAGCCGGCCCGCGCCUGUGGCUGAACGCGCCCGCUCUCAGCCCCGCGCCCUACGCGCCGGGCCCCGGGCCUGCGCCGCCCUACGCGGCCCCCGGCUACGGGGCCCCGGGCCCGCUCCUCGGCGGCCCGGGCGGCCUGGCGGGCGCCGACCUCGCGUGGCUGAGCCUCUCGGGCCAGCAGGAGCUGCUGAGGCUGGUGCGGCCGCCCUACUCGUACUCGGCGCUCAUCGCCAUGGCCCUCCGGAGCGCGCCGCUGCGAAAGCUGACGCUCAGCCAGAUCUACCAGUACGUGGCUGGCAACUUCCCCUUCUACCAGCGCAGCACGGCGGGAUGGCAGAACUCCAUCCGCCACAACCUGUCGCUCAACGACUGCUUCAAGAAGGUACCCCGCGACGAGGACGACCCAGGUAAAGGCAAUUACUGGACCUUGGACCCAAACUGCGAGAAGAUGUUCGACAAUGGGAACUUCCGAAGGAAGAGGAAGAGGAGAGGGGAGGCGAGCGCGGCCGCCCCCUCGGGAGCCCGGAGCCCGGGAGGAGCCAAGGCGCCUGAGCUGGAGCCCCUGGGCGCUGCCUCCCCGGACCUGCAGGCCUCGCCGUCCCCUCCCGCACCCGAGGCUGCCGCCUGCUUCUCCGGUUUCGCCUCGGCCAUGGGCGCCCUGUCAGGCGGUCUUGGUACCUUCCCCCGGGGCCUGGCAGGCGACUUUUCUUUCGGGAGACCGACGGUGGUCACCGCCCACGGCUCCCAGGCCCCCGGCCCCGCGCCCGGCUUUGCCGCUGGCCAUCAGACGGCGGCCACCGGCUUCCGCGUCGGUCACUUGGUCUACAGUCGGGAAGGGACCGAAGUUUGAAGAGAGGCCAAGGAUUGUCCCGAGAGUGCCCUGUCCAGAGACACUGAGGUCAAGCCCGGAUUCCCGCCUGGCCUGGUGACAGCCCCGCGUGUUCGUGCCGCGGCGGUCAGUGCGGCGGAGGGAGCACAGAGCCGGGGACGGGGCCGCAGGGAACUGAGCUGAGCGUCGCCUCGGCCUCCCAGGUGGUCCGCGUGUCGUGCGCGCCUUACCCAGGCAACUAUUAGCUGGAGAGAGUGGGCGUUCCCUGCUCCACCUGUCUUUCCAGUUCUCCUGGACCUGAACCCAGGCUCUCCCGGGGAUCUGCCUUAAAGAGGCGACGGGCUGGCGCUCAGCCCCGGCCUUUUCGACGGGAGCCUGGCCCACCCAAAAGAGCCUUCUUCGUGCUAGUGGGAGGGCGGCCCGGGGCCCCUCUGUGGCAGAUUUCCUUCUCUGGCGGCGCAGGGCCUUCCCCUGGUGCUCCAAGGAGGCUCGUGGGGGUUCAGGAGAAGCCCCAGUGGCGCCAGGUGGCUUCCCUCAUCCUCACUGGGAGUGUGCAUCAAGGGGGAACUGGUACUGUUGGGACUGGGACGCAAGUAAGAGAGACUUUCUAAUGGCUGGAGCUGUCUGUGAUGGAAGGGAGGAGGGCUGCCUGGCGGAGAGCGGCCAGGCAUCGGGGGAUGCCAGUUCUUUCCCCUGUCACUCAGCGUCCUGGCCUCAUUGACCCUGUCCUAGGCGCCUCCGGGACCACAGGAGCAGUGCCUAGCACCAGAGAGCCGCAGGAUGGGUUCAAGUUUGCUCUCUCCCACCCCCACACUCACGCUCGCUCUCUCUCCCCUCCCGCCCCUCAUUCCCGAUUUGGGCCCGAGCUGCCUCCUGCAGGCAGAGCUGAGCAGCCGCCUCCUGUGUGAAUUUAAGCCUCCUCCUCCCAAUCUGUAUUUACCAACAAGGUUAUCUUUGGAGCCGACGGCCAUUGGGAGGAGAAAUUUUGGCCUCGACACCUCCCCGAGUUUCAGGCGGCCUAGAGCCCCGGGGUCAUUUCGGAGCCUCCUGGAGCUGCGGGCCUUUGGCGGGCGCUCCACCUUCCCUGCGCUCGGGGCAAGCGAGAGAGGCGCCUUCGCCGGAGGAGAGCAGGGGGAGGACGCGUAACUCCGAGUAGGGCAGCGGAUUUAGCGAGCCCGAGCCGGAGCCCCAGCCCCAGCCUCCAACGGGCCGCGCGGGUUUUCCGUGGGUAACUCCCAAUCCGACUGUUGGGCUCAGCGCAGCCGCUGGUGCUGGAAGGGAGCGCCGCGCUUGAGCUGAGCCGGCAGUGGUCCUGAUGAACAGCGGUGCGUGCGUGUGUGUCUGUGUCUGUGUGUGUGUGUGUGUGUGAGAGAGAGAGAGAGAGAGAGAGAGAGAGAGAGACGAAAGAGAGAGAGAGGAGAUUGGAGGCAUAGACAGAACAAGCCAAGAGUUGGGGUGAAUUUGGACCUUGGGUGCACCCUGGCACCCUCCAUGGUGGCAGCCAGAAAGUUGCUAACUCCACCGCAUGGCAAAGCAGUGUGCUAGUUCUGUUUGUGAUAUCAUUGUGCUCAGCCGAACUUACAACCAACCCAAAAUCUCUUUUGGGCAAAUACUCCCCAAAUGUAAUAUAAUUAAAGAAGGCUAGAAAAGAAAAGGAAAAUCCUUACACUAUAAAUAGAAGAAUUUUAUCUCCAGCCUAUUUUAAUAAACUAAAACGCUAAAA